GGGGGGCGUCAGCGUGUUGAGGGGGCGCGCGCUGGACGGUCAGGGUGGAAUGAGUGCGCUCGCUCGCGCGCGCUGCUGGUGAAUCUUCUGCAGACUGGAGUUUACUGCUCUCUGAUUCUUGGGAUUGCAACUGAGUGCGUGCGUGCGUGCGCGUGCGCAGAAGUCAGUGUGUGAGUGUGUGUAUGCAUGCACCCAUACACACAUGCAUGCGUGUAUGUGCGUGCAUGCACGAGACAGAGUGACAUACAGAUAGCUGAAGUGUGUGUGUGUGUGUGUGUGGGUGUGUGUGUUCUGUGUGAUCUGUUGUGGAUACUGUGCACGAGCUGUCCGAACUGAGAGAGGGUGGUCUUCCCUGGUCUUACCCCCCCACCCCCUCCACACCCCUGCCAGCCCGGGGCAGGAGCGCCCAAAGGGGGCAUCUGAGUGUCCCCUGACCCCCCAACUCUCCAGUCUGUGUGGACCUGCCUGCGGGGGGCAUUCUGCUGGACCCUGGUGGACCCCGGUGGUCCCCCUGCCAGUGUGAACAUGCCCGUCCGGAGAAAAGAUGCACAGCGGGCUCUGCUGCUGUUGGAGGAGUACAGGACGAAGCUCACUCACGCUGAGGACCGACAGCUGAGGAGCUCCAUCCAGAGAGUCAUCGACAUCUUCCAGAGUAACCUGUUCCAGGCGCUCAUAGAUAUCCAGGAAUUUUACGAAGUGACCUUAUUGGAUAAUCAGAAAUGCGGGGAUUCGCUGAGGGUGGUGGACGUGAUGCCGCCCGUCAACCUGUGGGAUUUCUCCAGCAUCCAAAGCACUACGGUUACUUCCGACACCCUGCCCAGCCUUAGCACCAGCAUCGAGGACUCUCCUCUCCUAAAUGAAAUCCUGCAUGUGCUCGCUAAAGCCAAAGCAUCCCCCGCCGAGCUCCACCAAAAGUACCGACACCAUGACGAGGACACGUCUCCGCAGGAGCAGAGCUCCCCCCCGCUCACGGACGAGGGUCCGGGCCCGGAGCUGGUCCAGGUGGCCGAGAAGAACAUUUCUCAGAUCGAGAACGUCCACGGCUACGUGGCCCACGCCCACAUCUCCCCGAUGAAGGUUGAGUCGCUGGAAUGCAUCUUCGACGGGCCGCCCACGGUGGGGAGCGAGGACAGCCCUCCCCCCACCCCCGCCUCCCUCUACCCUCAAAGCCCCAUGACCAUCCAGCAGACAGAUGCUGCCCCACCCUCUGCUCCCACCAUAAUCCCUGUGAUCCCAAUCUCGCCCGUCCCUGCGGAGACCGCCGUCAUCCCUCCACCGACGUCACAGGCAAAUCCACCCCCUGUUGUGGUGAAUACAGAGAGUCUGGAUUCAGCCCCAUACGUGAACGGCACAGAGGCGGACUAUGAGUACGAGGAGAUCACACUUGAGCGAGGUAAUUCGGGGCUGGGCUUCAGCAUCGCAGGCGGCACGGAUAACCCGCACAUCGGAGAGGACCCCAGCAUCUUCAUCACCAAAGUCAUCCCAGGGGGCGCUGCAGCUCAGGACGGGAGACUUCAGGUGAAUGAUGUAAUCCUGCGAGUGAACGAGGUGGACGUUCGGGACGUGACCCACAGCAAGGCGGUGGAGGCGCUAAAGGAGGCGGGGUCACUGGUCAGACUCUACGUCAGAAGGAGAAAGUCCGUCUCGGAGAAAGUGGUCGAGAUCAAACUGGUUAAAGGGCCCAAAGGGCUCGGCUUCAGUAUAGCAGGGGGCGUGGGGAACCAGCACAUCCCAGGAGACAACAGCAUCUACGUCACCAAAAUCAUAGAGGGAGGAGCUGCACACAAAGAUGGGAGGCUGCAGAUAGGAGACAAACUUAUGGCUGUGAACAGCGCCUGUCUAGAGGAGGUGACCCACGAGCACGCCGUGACUGCCUUGAAAAACACUACAGACGUGGUCUACUUGAAAGUGGCUAAACCCAACAGUGUCUUCAUGAACGACAGCUUCGCCCCUCCAGAUAUCACCAACUCGUACUCUCAGCACAUGGAGAACCAUAUCAGCCCCCCGAACUUCCUGAGCCAGCCGCUGCCCCCCGCGCCCUCCGGCCGAUUCUCCCCCACCCCGAAGCCCUCGCACGGGGAGGAGGACCUGAGCAGAGAGCCCAGGAAGGUGGUUCUUCACCGAGGUGCUACAGGGCUGGGCUUUAACAUCGUUGGUGGGGAGGAUGGAGAGGGCAUCUUUAUCUCCUUCAUCCUGGCGGGCGGUCCUGCUGACCUGAGCGGAGAACUGAGGAAAGGAGAUCGCCUCGUCUCUGUGAAUGGAGUGGACCUCCGCAGUGCCACCCACGAACAGGCAGCAGCCGCUCUGAAGAACGCCGGCCAGACCGUCACUAUCGUCGCCCACUACAGACCAGAAGAGUACAGCCGGUUCGAGGCGAAGAUCCAUGACCUGCGGGAGCAGAUGAUGAACAGCAGUAUCAGCUCGGGGUCGGGCUCUCUGAGGACCAGCCAGAAGAGAUCUCUAUACGUCAGGGCACUGUUUGAUUAUGAUAAGACUAAGGACUCGGGUUUACCCAGCCAGGGACUGAACUUUAAAUUCGGAGACAUCCUGCACGUGGUGAACGCCUCUGAUGAUGAGUGGUGGCAGGCGAGGCAGGUCACUGCGGAGGGAGAGGACGAGGAGCUGGGGGUCAUCCCCAGUAAAAGAAGAGUGGAGAAGAAAGAGAGAGCCAGGUUAAAGACAGUCAAGUUCAACUCUAAGUCACGAGACAAAGGGUCCCUCAAUGACAAGCGUAGAAAGAACCUCUUUUCCCGCAAGUUUCCUUUCUACAAGAACAAGGAGCCGGGCGAGCCGGAGACCAGCGACCUGGACCAGCAUGUGACCUCUAAUGCCAGUGAUAGUGAAAGUAGUUACCGUGGGCAGGAGGAAUACGUCCUCUCCUACGAACCCGUCUGUCAACAAGAAGUAAACUACACUCGUCCGGUGAUCAUCCUCGGCCCGAUGAAGGACAGAGUCAACGAUGACCUGAUAUCAGAGUUCCCCGACAAAUUCGGCUCCUGCGUUCCUCAUACGACCCGGCCGAAGAGAGACUACGAGGUGGACGGGAGAGAUUAUCAUUUCGUUGUUUCUCGAGAGCAGAUGGAGAGAGAUAUUCAGGACCAUAAGUUCAUCGAGGCGGGUCAAUACAACAACCACUUAUACGGUACCAGCGUGCAGUCUGUGCGCGAGGUGGCUGAAAAAGGUAAACACUGCAUUCUAGAUGUAUCAGGCAACGCCAUCAAGAGACUGCAGGUCGCUCUGCUCUACCCCAUCGCUAUCUUCAUCAAACCUAAAUCAGUGGAGAACAUCAUGGAGAUGAACAGGAGACUGACGGAGGAGCAGGGGAGGAAAACGUACGACAGAGCCAUGAAGCUGGAGCAGGAAUUCACAGAGCACUUCACAGCCAUCGUCCAGGGAGACACCUUGGAGGAAAUCUACGAUCAAGUCAAGCAGAUCAUCGAGGAGCAGUCCGGUCCAUUCAUCUGGGUACUAUCCAAGGAGAAGCUAUGAGAAGCUGCAGAGCUCCAUCCAUCCUCCCCUCUUUUCUUCCUUCCUUCCUUCUUUUCUUCCUCCUGUUUUUUUAUCGGUUUUAUUUAUUGAAUCGUUUCUUUUUUUUUCCUAAGCGACGUAAUACCUGAUCCUGCAGUCUUCGCCCCCUUCCUUUUCCCCCUCCCCUCCAAUUCAAUCCAAUCCAAUCCCGGAUCACGAUCCCAUCUAUCUGUCUCUCUCUCACUCUCUGUCUCUCUCUCUCUCCAAGAGAGAGAGACCUUCUUCAUCACCAGUAACUCCUUACUUACUGCAAAUUUACAGUAGGUGUUCCACAGGGGUGGGUAAUGGGCCCAUUCUGAUCUUCGGAUCUUUGGAUCUUUGGAUCUUCUGAUCUUCCAGCUUUUUUUAAAAGAGAGAGACAAAGAGAGAGACAAAGAGAGAGAGAGAGGUGGGUGGGCGGGGUCUGAGUGGAGUGGGCGGGGCUUAGCACCAUUCGAAAACGGGCCUUUGAAAACGGUACAGUUCCUUAAUGUUUAAGGGAGGUUACUUCGUACGGAAGAAGAAGAAGAAGAAUGAGAAGAAAAGGAAGAAGAAGGAGGAGGAGGAGGAGGAGAAAUACAUAAAGACUGACUGAAGCUGGAUCACAUUUUUUUUUUCUCUUUUCAGUCUUUUUCUUUUUGUUUGUUUUUUCUUUUCUUUCCUUGUGUUGAAAUGAUGAUGAUGAUGAUGAUACAGAUACACAGCUGAUACACAGACACACACACACAAACACUAACACACAGGUUCUCAGGCUUUGGAAAUCAUCAAAUCAUCUGUCAAAUAACAGAUAAAAGUUGGAUAAAAGUUGUUUUUAAACAGAAAAAAAAAAUCACAAAAAGCAAAACUUUGCACGUUAUAGCUUUAAGAGCAUGUGUUCUUCUUCUGCGUUUUUCUUGUUGUUUUUUUUUCUUUCUUUUCCUUUUCUUUCCGCCAUAGUUCCCACCUGAUGUGCUAGGUUCCAUACCAAUACAUUUAUCGCAGUAGUUUAUCUCAUGUUUCUCUUUUAUUUUCCUCAUUCGUUUGUUAUUCUGAGUGUUGCCGUUCAUAUUUUGCUCUUUUUUUUGUUUGUUUGUUUGUUAAAAGUGUCCAUGUUAGGGAGCUUUUCUUUUGUUUCUUUUGUUCAUUUUUUCAUUUUUUUUUUUCGUUUCUUUCGAUCACGUCGACGUCGGUUUUUCUAAAGCUGUGAUCAGUGUCUUACAUUAACGUUUUGAUUUUACAUGUAGGAGAAUCUGCCAUUUGUAAGGAACUGCCAUUUAUGAGAUGUUGGUCUGCGUCUCGCGGCUCCGGUUGCCAACGCGUACGUGAAAGAAAACAGUUUAUUGUUUUAUUAAUGAAAUCUUAACAGAUAUAUUUAACCCUCCAUGAACUGCCUAUUUUGUUAUAAUAAAAGUCUAUAUUGAACUCUA